AUCAGAAACGUAGCUCGAUUUAAAUAAUAGAAACGAGGCAUGAAAAGUAGAUCGUUCAGGUUUUACCUGUUCAAGUUGAUGAUACUUAUACCGUUGACACUGGACAACAUGGUACCAUCAGCGGCGAACGAGAGUUAUCAUCGAAGCGGUCGAAGGAUAAACUUAACUCACGCGGUGAAGAUGUCCCAAAAGUUUGUCUGCAAAGAACCACAAUCCCGAGCGUACAACCUGAGGGAUCUGAUGUGGGAUAUUCAUCAAAAUUCCGGGGAGAGCCCGGUAAAACCUGUCUACAUUGUUUUGAAACGUUGCGACGGACACUCGGGAUGCUGUACGAGCCCCGACAUGAGCUGUUCACCGAUGCGAUCAGCGAUCUAUUACGACGAGAUCGAAAUCGAAGUGUCUAGUUUGGUACUUGGGAACACGAUUCCCCGAUGGAUCAGAGUCGAGCAACACGGUAAAUGUUUCUGCGAUGUUACCACGGUCAAUGAACGGUAUCAACAGGAAUUUCAAUGGCCUAACGUAACUCUGGUUUGAUGAGAAAUUAUUAAAAUUAAGAAAAGUGAGAUUAUGUUAACGAGUUAACGAGUUAACAGUAUUUACGUUAAGGGAAUCAAAGCAAUUUAAGAACACAAUUGAUGUUGACAUCUUCUCCGGGUUUAGCGUACCGGCUUGGUUCGAAAAUGUUCAUGUAGACUGAAAUUGGCUCGAUGCCCGACAUAUGUAUGUUGGUUGUCUUUCUCGAUGCUAAAAUGUCGAGGACAGACACCUGUUUUAUAUUAGAAAUUAACGUAGAUAUUUACUGUUUUCGACGAACGAUUGGCAAGCGGAUUCUUGAAAAAUGAAUAUUAAAGAACAUCAAAAACGUAAACGAUUCAAUAUAAACUAGUCAUAUUACUAAUAAUGAAAGGGACCAAAACGUAUUAUUAUUAUUAUGUUAGAAAUUAAUAUGAAAGUGUAAAGUAGAUAUUUAUAUUACUAAUUGUAAUAAAUUCAGUAUUUAUACGCGUUUAUCAAUAUUUAACAUUUAUUUUUGUUAAGAUAUAGUAUAAAUGUUCUAAAAGUUUUUCUUAAGCAAUCGGAGAUAUUUAAGUAUUGAACAAGUAUUAAUCAGUAAUACUACAUUGAAAUAUUAUUAAAUCUGAUAAGAGACUGAUUCACGUAUAAAAUAUAUUCUAGUACGUGCACUUACACAAGUACCUCCUAUUUAUUUUGAUAACCGGUUUUAAGACAAAUGUCAUAUUUCAAUAUACAUAAUAGAAUUUUAAUAUUUAUUUUAUACUAUUUAUUAAUAUUUGGAAGUCACUAUAUAUAUAUAUAUAUAUUACAUUCAGUCUGUACUUAUGUGACUGAUGAGAACUAUCAUAGAGUUUAACAUAUUUAUUUAAUUUUGUAAAAUAUAAAAAAGUGCGAUGCAUCUUUACAAAAUAAGAAAUAUUUCUUGUACAUUAUGACAAAUACUUUUAAUAAAACUUUCAUAAUGUGCACUACGUAAAAUAAUAUGAAUAUACGUUUUGUACGAACGAUUCAUAUAAAGAUACGUCUAACAUAAUAUGAUAUUCAAGCAACGUCGUCAAAAUUAUUUUUACAGUUAAAUAAAUAAAACAAUUUAAAUGCUAUGUACUUUUGAUUGAAGAAAGAAUAUCGAUUAGAGGAAUGUUAAUUUCGAUAUUGAAGACAUAAACAAAUAAGCAAGAUAUGGAUUAUGUAAUUUAAAAUGAAGCUUCAAUUUAAAAAAAGAUAGAUACACGCUCCAAUUAUAAAAAUAAUCUUAUUGUUUCGUUCACGUUAGGCGUAAUAAAUAUCAUACUGACAAAUAUGUAUACAACAAAAUUACUAUUUAACGCGAAAUAAAAAUAUUUUUAAUAUUUGAAAGUUGAUAUAUAUUAACAGCCAACGUUUCUUAUACGAUUCGCGUACAAAUCCAGCAAUAUGUAUCUUUCUUACGACUUCGUAUACAAAAAGAAUUGUCUUAGAAUCUCGCGUACGGAUAUUUACUGCGCAUUCGGCGUCUCGUUGCACGACCUCUCCCUGUUUCGUUAUUUGGUCCUCUCGUUGCGUGUCCUCCACGUAUCAUUGUUUGCCCUUUAAAAUAUUUAUUCUUGUGCAUAAUGAAAAAAAAAAAAAAAAAACACAAA